AUGGCGCCUCCCGGCAGAACGGGGAAUCGUCCCCAAACUACUCCCGCACCUGAGGCGGACACUUACACCGGUUACGACCCCCACGGCAUGCUGUGGACAACCAUCCAGACCUCGGACAGCAGACCGGAGCUGCCCCAAACCUUCAAGAGCACCGCGCUUGCUGCCGCGGUGGCAAGACGAGAGCGGGCGAGCGGCGCAGCAAUUGCAGCUGCUGACGCGGCAGCUCAAACCGGUUCCACAACACUCCCGCCGCCUGCGACGCGCUCCGCGGGCCCGCAGCAGGGGAAGAAGAAACCCACGUGGCAACCUCUACCUCUGCCGAAGCCGAAAACGACGGAUUUCGUCGUCGUCCUGAAACCGCGGACUCGAUUGUCCCUCACCACCGUUUUCCCCGAGAACGGAGCCGGCAGCGCGCUCAUCGCCCACCUUGGAGCAAACGCCAACCGGCUGGUCACAGUAGUGAUGGCGCGGGACCAAAACCUCAUCCUGGCCUACACCGCAGACCCGCUUAUUGCGGACAAACUGAUUGGCGAACUCACAGUUCUCUCCUCUGUCGGACCGGUGCCCCUUUUCGGGUACCUACGCGUGGAUACUCAGGACUCUUGCUACGGAGUGGUGACAGUGCGUAGUACCGACUCAGAAGCCGAACUUCAACAACGUCUCUACUGGGCGGAGGGCGAGAUCCUCCACAUCCGGCGAUUAGGCACCACCAACAAGGUGAGGCUCACGUUUUCCGGCAAGAUCAAGCCCAGGUCCGUCACUUACGACGCCCUGCUAAUCCUGGUACAUCCGUACAAAAAAACCAUACCAGCAUGUAGCCAGUGUGGAUCUGUUGGGCACCGCCCCGACGCCUGCCCUGGCCCUAAGCCGGACCUCUGCGGCACCUGUGGCAACACGGUGCCACUUAUGGAUGGCGCUCGCGCACCUCACGAGUGCACACCAAAAUGCGCUAUUUGCGCCGGACCCCAUGUCACCGGGGACCGGAGCUGUAAGGAGCGCUACAGGGCGCCACCACCCAAAUCGCCCACUCCUCCACUGGAGAGCCAACCCGGCCCCACGAAAGGCAAACGCCAGCGACCACGGAAGCCGAGGCCGCCCGACACCCGGGCUUCACAGCAGGUGACUCCAUCUCCUGCCACCAAAUCUCCUCCACCCCCGCAUCCUGGAGCGGAUACCCCAGGGCCUUCCAAGCGAGGCCUCACUCCGCCGGGACCUCCCACCGAAAGGUCUCCAUCGAGGCAGCGCCCACCUGCCUCCUCCACAUCGCACCUGCCGCCACCCGGACUCCAGCCUGCUGCCCAAGGGGAACUGACAUAG